AUUAUUUCUCCAACCCUUUCCCCUCUCUUUCUCUCUCUCAUCUACCCUCUCUCUAAAAGACUGGAUACAGAACGAGGAAAACAAACACCCGAAAAGAAAGGAAGAAGAGGAGAAGAACACCAAACAAGCAGAACUUUUUUUUUGAGAACUCCAUAGGCUGUGGAAUUGUCUCCAGGAAUCCCCUCUGGGUUUGACGAGAUUCAUACAGAGAAAUACUUCUUGAUUUUCCCCCUUUCUUUUGCUCAAGAAUUUACCUGUACAGGCGAAACCGCUUCUUUGUUCCCUUUUUUUUCUGUGUUUGUUUUAUUGGGAUUUUCCUCUGGUCCGUUCUUCUUCACCUGUGAGGUGGUGAGAAGCAGAGAGAAUCAUGGGGAAGCAAGGACCCUGCCGUCAUUGUGGAGUCACAAGUACUCCCCUGUGGCGAAAUGGGCCACCAGAUAAGCCGGUGCUCUGCAAUGCAUGUGGCUCGAGAUGGAGAACAAAGGGUUCAUUGGCAAACUACACUCCAAUGCAUCGCAAGGACGAUAUUGAUGACGAUGAACCCAGAGUUAGCAAGCUGAAGCCACCGACAUCAAAGCUGAAGUCACAGAAGAAAAAACCAAAUCACAUUAUAAUGGAGAAUGGGCCAUUUUCUGGUCAGAAUUUCCGAAAGAUGGGGGAUGUCGACCAAAGUUAUCGGUCUAGUUCGGGAUCUGCAGUAUCAUACUCUGAGAGUUGUGCCCCAUAUGGUGCUGCUGAUGCAAGUGAAAUGACUGGUUCAGCACAGUCGCAUGCUUGGGAGUCCCUAGUGCCAUCAAGAAAGAGGAGCUGUGUCACCCGUCCGAAGCCUUCCCCUGUAGAAAAGCUUGCAAAAGAUCUAAACUUCAUCAUGCAUGAAGAGCAGUUAUAUUACCCUUCAGGAUCAUCGGAGGAAGACCUACUAUACCAUAGUGAAACUCCUGUCGGUUCCUUUGAGAUGGGCUCUGGAAGUGUGCUUCUAAGACAUCCAAACUCGAAAUCACUGGAGAAAGAAUCAGAAGCAAGCUCUAUUCCUGCAGAUAAUAAAUCAUAUAUUACAAGUGAAUCCUACUCGGGCUCUGCCUCGUUUGCCAUUCACAAUGGAAACAAGGCAGCAAUUAACUUAAACGCUUCAAAUGCAAGGCUGAAGAAGUCGCCGCUGCAUAUGGAAGACAAUGCUAGAAGGGGAGUAGGGAGCAUCAGUGGUCCGGAAGGCUUUACCAAGUCUACUAUGAAACCACUCAAAAGACCCCGUGACACCCAAUUUCAGAUUGAUGCAGAACUAGAAGGUACCAUGAGGAGUCCUCUAAGAGGUCUAAAAUCUGGUGCUUUGGCUCAGUUUGAAAGUUCAUCUUUGCCAAAAUCUGGCUACACCACCAAAGAUUCAACCUGCACUGGAGGAGCACUUAAUUUAUUCAUGUUACCCCCAGAAAAGUUAUUAGUGGUCCCUCCUCAGUAUGUCGACCCUGAUCAAGACUUGCUGCUGGAGAUACCUCUCAAUGCACGACACCCAGAGGCAGAACUUCUGUGUCAACCAUCUCAGCUGAUGAGCUCUAUAAGCCGCAGCUCCACCUCUAUGGGUGGGGUUGCUGAAGGAGAAGGGUGCCUGAAGCAACCAUAGUCUCAGGUCACAUCAGCAAGGAGCUUAGGAACAGCCAGUAGUUGCAGUUUACUUUAGCCUCCUGGAUCUUGACGCCUCCAUUUACUGAUCACCAAUGGGCGUUAUGCAUCCGUCAUUCCCUAAUUUACAUAACAAUGUGCGUCAUCUUCCAACUUGGCGAAUUGUCCGUUCAGCUAACAUUUGUAGCAUGCUUUUGGAUUGGGUUUCUGCUGGUUGUCUGUAGCAUAUGGUCCGUGGAGAAAGUAUUAUCUCCGUGUGAAAAAAAUAUCACCUUAUUGCAGGGAAAUGAAAAAAAGAGGAUACUGGAGAGUUAUG